AUGGCUGCUGAGAUACAAGAGUAUCCCGAUGGUUCCCCGAGCCUGAUUAAAGAUGUAUCCGAUUCGAAAUGGAUUCCUCUUUUUCGGAAAACGUGCGAAUUCAAUUCAGAGAUAUUCUUAAAGGUCAUGAUGAAUCUCAUUCGAAACCCCAACCUCAAUUCCAGUUGGCUAUUUCGGGCCGAUAUUUUACUCGAACAAGAUCCCAACACCCAUUCCGCAGCUGAACCCUCGGCCAUAGAGCCAACAGUCCUUCACUUCCAACACAUGCACCUAGAUAAAAUCCUAGUACGAAAACUUAUUCCUAGGAAUACUCUGAGAGAUGAGCCCAUGGAUCAAACAUGUUCCUUCUACCACGGGAAUGGACCCAAUGGUGUAGAAAGGUAUAUGGUAGUUUACAAGCCCCAUGUCUCAUCUCCAGAUAAUAUGCCAUUCUAUCAUCCCAAAAUCCAAGGUAUGGCAUUUCUUCAUGAAUGGGAUACCGAGAAAAACGAAGGUUCUGUUUCUAUCCACUACCAUUUCUUUGAUACUGAAGAACGUUCGCCAAAGUUGGUCAGGACAGGUCUUCACCUUCUGACCACGCUCCAUAAACAUGGGCAAGGAACCAAGGCAGGAUAUGUGAAGCGAGUUCACCACGAUACUAUUAUUCCUCAAGUUGCAGUGCAAACUACAUAUACUCGACUAAAACAGAAAUAUGCUCGACAGCUCAUAAAAUCCUGGGCUGAGGUCACAGACCCCUCAAAGCACGUAUUUGAGGAUUUGAGUAUUGCGGCCUUUCUCAUUGAGCUAUGGACUGAGAUGUAUCAAGAUUCGCCGUUCCCUGGAUUUGUUGAUAUUGGCUGCGGAAACGGCCUUCUGGUAUAUAUACUUCUUGAAGAAGGAUACUUAGGCUGGGGGUUCGACGCGCGAAAACGUAAAUCAUGGGAGAACUACUCCAAGACAAUCGACCAAGACUCCGGACCUAAUAAAAGUUUGCAGCAACUUGUCUUGCUUCCCUCUGUUGUUGAUCGUCAUUCGAACAUGGGAAGCAAAGGUGAUGAGACUGCCGAAAGCGUAGAUGUUACUAACAUGAUCCACGAUGGUAUAUUUCCCAAGGGGACUUUUAUUAUCUCCAAUCAUGCAGAUGAGCUAACACCAUGGACACCAAUACUUGCAACCAUUUCAGAAUGCCCAUUCAUUAUGAUACCAUGUUGCAGCCAUGAUCUUACUGGAGCAAGAUUCAGGGCGCCUGCACCAAAGGGCCAAAACAAAUCGCCCUCGGCGUACUCGUCACUCGUUGAGUGGAUUACCAACAUUGCAAAAGACUGUGGCUGGGAGGUGGAAAGGGAGAUGCUGAGGAUACCAAGCACUAGGAAUGUUGGUCUAAUCGGCAGGAAGCGAAGUUCUUCUGCUUCCUCGAUCAACAUACAAGAGCUUAUAGCCAAAUACGGCGGCACAGAAGGCUACGCAGAUAACGUAAUGAAGUUAGCGAUGACCGCUCCUAGAAGUCAUUAG